UUACUUUCCUAACAGAGAGAGAAUCCAAUCUCCUCCAGUCCUCCCGGUAUCUGACCCAUUUCUACUGCACCAGUACAAAACCAGAAGCUUCCCUCCCCUGUUUUUAACCAAAUUAAUCCAUCUCUCUGUACUUGAAAAAAUAUUAGCACAGGCUAUUUAUACUCCACAGAGCUAGACUCAUCUUCCUAAAUCUUCUCUCAGUAAUGGGAGCCUCCAAGACCAGACCUUUACUCUUGCCAUCUUCAUUCUUCUUGCUGCUUCUCACACUGUCAUGGACUUCUCCAAUAACCCAUUUGGCUCUGGCCCAGCAACAACAACAACAACAACCCAUCAAGACCAUUGUGGUUCUGGUCAUGGAGAACAGGUCCUUUGAUCACUUGCUUGGGUGGAUGAAGAAAGCUAUAAACCCAGCCAUCAAUGGCGUCACAGGCCAAGAAUGUAACCCUGUUUCGACCAAAAACCCGGACCCGAAGUCCAUCUGCUUCACGGACGAUGCCGAGUUUGUGGAUCCGGAUCCGGGUCAUUCGUUUGAGGCUGUGACGCAGCAGGUAUUUGGGUCUAGUCCUAAUCCUUCAAUGUCAGGUUUUGUUGAGCAAGCACUUUCUAUGUCUCCCAAUCUAUCCGAGACUGUCAUGAAGGGGUUUAGGCCGGAAUCUGUGCCGGUUUACGCUUCUUUAGUCUGUGAAUUUGCGGUUUUUGAUAGGUGGUUCUCUGCAAUUCCGGGCCCAACACAGCCUAACAGGCUGUUUGUGUACUCUGCAACUUCACACGGCUCCACCAGCCAUGUGAAGAAGCAAUUGGCUCGGGGCUACCCGCAGAAAACAAUAUUCGACUCGGUUCAUGAGAAUGGCAUGGAUUUUGGGGUCUACUUCCAGAACAUACCCACCACCAUGUUUUACAGAAACAUGAGGAAGUUGAAAUACAUAUUGAAAUUUCAUCAGUAUGAUUUGAAGUUCAAGAAACAUGCUAGAGAUGGCAAGCUACCGAGCUUGACGGUGAUCGAGCCUCGCUAUUUCGAUCUGAAAGGGAUGCCGGCGAACGAUGAUCACCCUUCUCAUGAUGUUGCCAAUGGGCAGAAGCUGGUGAAGGAGGUCUAUGAGACACUGAGGGCUAGUCCUCAGUGGAAUGAGACCCUUUUGGUCAUUACUUAUGAUGAGCAUGGUGGGUUUUAUGAUCAUGUCCAGACUCCUUAUGUCAAUGUCCCUAAUCCGGAUGGGAAUAGCGGCCCUGCUCCUUAUUUCUUCAAGUUUGAUCGGCUCGGCGUUCGCGUGCCGACGAUUAUGAUCUCUCCAUGGAUCAAGAAAGGGACCGUAAUAAGUGGUCCACAAGGACCUACGCCAAAUUCUGAGUUUGAGCAUUCUUCAAUACCUGCCACAAUAAAGAAGAUGUUCAAUCUCUCCUCGAAUUUCUUGACUCAUAGGGAUGCAUGGGCUGGGACAUUUGAACAAGUUGUUGGGCAAUUAACUUCUCCAAGGACAGACUGCCCAGUGACGUUGCCGGAUGUGACGCCUUUGAGGACCACAGAGGCGAAGGAAGACAGCGGUUUAUCCGAGUUUCAGGGUGAGGUAGUCCAGUUAGCUGCAGUGCUUAAUGGAGAUCACUUCUUGAGCAGCUUCCCUGAUGGAAUGAGCAAGAAGAUGACUGUGAAGGAAGCUCAUGACUAUGUAAAGGGUGCUGUUUCUAGGUUCAUUAGAGCAAGCAAAGAGGCAAUCAAGUUGGGAGCAGAUAAAUCAGCAAUUGUAGAUAUGCGAUCUUCCCUCACAACCAGGUCCAAAACUAAAAAUUAAAGAAAUCCUCCUCUGGUGUUUAGACCUAGCUAUAUGCAGAAUACAUCACUGAAAGUGUGCUGAGACGUUCCACCUUAUGAACUUAGGAUUUCUGUUCCGGUUGAAAUUUGUGACUGUAGAAAGCAAUAUGAGAAGCAGCUAUUUCUGCAUUGUCUUUCA